UUGUUUUUCAAUAAUUUUCACUUAUUUUGCACAAUUAAUUUUCAUUGACGACUUCAGGUUCGCAAAAAUGACUGAGCAGUACCACGACAGGCAGCAGCAACACUACCAGACUCUACCGCAGCGGUCCCAUCAGAUAGUGAAAGCCGUCACUGCUGCAACUGCUGGUGGUUCUCUCCUAGUCCUGUCUGGCUUGACUCUGGCUGGAACUGUGAUUGCUCUCGCUCUAGCCACUCCUUUGCUUGUAAUUUUCAGUCCGGUGCUGGUACCGGCAGCCAUAACGAUUUUCUUGGUGUGCUCGGGUUUCCUUGCUUCUGGUGGAUUUGGAGUGGCGGCUGUUAGUGUUCUGUCGUGGAUUUAUCGAUACGUCACCGGAAAACACCCUCCUGGUGCAGAGCAGCUUGAUCAGGCGCAGACGAAGCUGUCUAUUAAGGCUAGGGAGAUGAAGGAUAAGGCAGAGCAUUUCGGGCAGCAGCAUGCCACCGGUUCACAAGCUUCCUGAGCUUGAAGAAUCUUUGAUUUGGAGAAAUUAAAGAUUGGUUUUGUUAAUGCCUGUUUCUUAAAAUUUUAAGGUGUUCUUAAAUUGUUGUUUUGGUGACUUUAAGGUAUCUUUUGUUAGUGCUAGUAUGAAAGACUCAAUAAUUUUUUUAGUAUCGAAAAUUAAGCUCUUCUUCUAUUUCCUCUCAA